CACCGUAGCAGGCAGCUCGCGCGUAGCCUCUGCUCAAAAUUGGACAAUUGCUAAGGUCAAUUUCUCAAAUUUCCUAAUCCCAUAUUCCUAUUUCUGCAUAUUAGGUUAUUAGCCCGAGAAUUUGUGCAGUGAGCAGUCAAUUUGAAUCAUUUUAAUUUGUACCAUGUGAGUACAUCUAUGGCUGUAUGAUUAAUUGAUUAUAUCUAUAUCUUACUUUAGGCUGUUAAUUUUUUUUCACCCUUUACAAUCUUGAAUACCCAAACUCAAAAUCCUGGGCCCGCCCCUGGCCAUAGGUACAGCGGCCGGACUCCCCAGGGAUUGCGAGCGCUGAGCACCAGGCCAUAGCUAGAGCUUUUUAUGGUUUCACAAUGGAUUUAAAGAUCAUCAAGGUUCUUUUGGGCUGUCCUAAAGGUUCUACUCGGUACUUAGCUGGUGUAGAAGGAUUUGUUGAAUUUGCCUUUAAAAAUAAGCCUGAAGAUACCAAGAUUUAUUGUCCAUGUCAUGCAUGCGUGCAUACUAGUCUCCUAUCCAGGGAUGAAAUAUAUGAACAUUUGGUCUGCAAUGGGAUACUUGAGAAUUAUGAGCAAUGGGAUUUUCAUAGUGACCCUUCAGUGCAUGAUCUUCAUGGUGACCCUUCAGUGCAUCACACCGUUGACCAACAGCCACAAUCUCAGAAUGAAGGAAGGCAUGGCAACAUGAAUCAGCUGCUUCGUGAGACAUUUUAUCACAUGUAUGAUGACAUACCUAUGACAGAUGUUGGAAAUCUUCCGAAUCCACCUGUUAGCGGGCCAAAUUUAGAAGCAGAAGAGUUUUAUAAACUGGUUGAAGAUUCACAAAAGCCUUUAUGGGAAGGAUGUGAUUUAACACAGCUAACUUUACUUGUGCUUUUGUUCAAUGCAAAAUCCAUGAACAAAUGGUCAGAUAAAUCAUUAGGUGAUCUACUUGGUAUUUUGCAGAAGGCUAUUCCAAAUGGAAAGGAACUGCCCAAAAAUUUUUAUGAGGCUAAGAAAAUUAUUUCCAAAUUUGGCUUGGGCUAUGAAAGUAUUCAUGCAUGCCCAAAUGAUUGUGAACUAUUUUGGAAAGACAAGAAAAAUGAUGAUUUUUGCUCAAAGUGCAAGGCUUCUAGGUGGAAAGGUAUGGAACCUGAGACCAAACUAACAAAGAAGCAAAGAAGGAAAGCAACGCCUUGUAAAGUAUUAAGAUACUUUCCUGUUAAAGACAGGCUGAAAAGGUUGUUUAUGUGCAAAGAAACAGCCCCUCUCCUAAGAUGGCAUGAUGAAGAGCGCAUCAAGGAUGGUGCGCUACGACAUCCAGCUGACUCCCGAGCAUGGAUAGACUUUGAUGAAAAGUUUCCACAAAUUAAGUCAGAUCCACGGAAUAUCCGAUUUGGCUUAGCCACCGAUGGAUUUAAUCCAUAUGGGAUGUUGAGUUCCAAAUAUAGUUGUUGGCCAGUUGUUUUGGUAAUAUAUAACUUACCUCCGUGGUUUUGCAUGAAAGAGCAUUAUCUAAUGUUGUCUUUAAUAAUUCCUGGUUCUAAAAGUCCUGGGGAUAAACUUCAUGUGUACCUUAAACCACUUUUGGAGGAUCUGAAAGAUUUAUUUGUAAAUGGUAUGCCAACAUAUGAUGCAUCAAGAAAUGAAACUUUUGAUUUGAGAGCAGCAGUGCUAAUGACCAUUAGUGACCUACCUGGCUUGGGAAUGCUUGCUUGUCAUAUGGUUCAUGGAAAUUUUGCAUGUCUACCUUGUGGUGAAAAUGUAUGGUACAAACGUCUGAAGCAUGGUAAGAAAUCUUGUUUUAUGGGUCAUCGUCGAUUUCUUCCUCUUGAGCAUCCUUUUCGUUUGGACAAGGAUUCAUUUGAUGGAACAAUGGAGCUUCAAGCAGAGCCACAAACUUAUUAUGACCGUCCAAUUUUGGAUGAAAUCACUGCAUUAGGUAAUUUCAAGGACUCAAAAACUUACAAGUCACUAAGUAGUCUUUUCAUAUUGCCUUACUGGGAUGAUAAUAUUCUUCGAUAUAAUCUUGACGUGAUGCAUAUAGAGAAGAAUUUGUUUGAAAAUUGUUAUGGUACACUAUCUGGUUUAGAUGGAAAAUCAAAAGAUAAUUUAGAAGCUCGUAAAGACCUCAAAGAGAUGAACAUUAGGGAGGACCUGCACCCACAAGAAAAACCUUCAGGCAAGUUCUAUUUGCCACCUGCAAGGUUUGCUAUGUCUAAAACUGAGAGACAGGCAUUUUGUAAAGUGCUUCAGGGCAUAAAAGUUCCUGAUGGCUACUCUGGAAACAUAUCGAAAUCUGUAAAUUGUGCUGAAGGGAAACUUAUUGGUCUCAAAACACAUGACUGCCAUGUUCUACUUCAACAGCUCAUGCCUAUUGCUCUAAGAGGCAUUAUUCCAGAUGAUAUCACAGCAGUAAUGUUUGAGUUGUCUGCUUAUUUUAGAGGAAUAUGUUCAAAAGUGCUCCGUUUAGAUGACCUUGACUGCUUGGAACAAUCAAUUAAAGUUACACUAUGCAAAAUGGAGAUGAUAUUUCCUCCUGGAUUUUUUACAGUUAUGGUUCACUUAGCAGUACAUUUAGCAACUGAAUGUAAGUUGGGUGGACCAGUUUGUUAUCGAUGGAUGUACUUCAUCGAAAGGUACCUAUGCAAAUUGAAAUCAUAUGUUCGCAAUAAAGCUCAUCCAGAGGCUUCAAUAGCGAAUUCAUUUUUGGCAGAUGAGUGUAUGGUGUUUUGUUCUAGGUACCUGGAAGGUUUCUCCACAAAGCAUAACAAAUCAUCAAGGAAUGAGGAGAACCAGGAUCAUCAUGAAUCUGACUUAUAUGGUGAAGUUUCCUCUUUGUUUCCUCCUGUAGGAAAACCAUUGGGAAGACCAUCCAGUUUUAUUUUAAUUGAUCUAGAGAAACUGCAAGCACAUAGAUAUACACUAUACAAUUGUGAAGCUGUCAUUCCGUACUUGAAAGAGGAUGCUGCUGAUCUCAAAAGAAGAAAUCGUCAACGUCGUCUAUCUUUGAAACAAAUUGAGAAUAUACAGAAUAGAGAGUUUCCGAACUGGUUCAGAGAACAUAUCAUGCAGUUGGAGCAAAAACAUGGUAGCGAUAGCAUCGAUGAGGACAUUAGAUGGUUGGCUCGCGGCCCAUUGGAUGCAGCAAGAAGACAUAGAGCCUUUAGCAUCCGUGGUUUCAGAUUUAGAGCCAAAUGUUAUGACAAGACGACACAAAAUAGUGGGGUUGUUGUGACUGCAAAAACAUCAAGUUAUUCUUCUAGAGGAGAUACUAACCCUAUCCUUGGAGAUAUUACCUACUAUGGCAGGAUACUUAAUAUAGUUGAGUUGGACUAUUAUGGAAGAUUCUCAGUGGUGUUAUUUAAAUGUGAAUGGGUUGAUGUCACUCGAGGAAAGGGAGUGAAAACAGACAAAUUUGGAUGUACACUUGUGAAUUUCUCACAGCAAAUUCACAAGGGUGAUAGGAUUGAACAUGAGCCUUUUGUAUUUGCCAAUCAAGUUGACCAGGUGUUCUAUGUUGAUGAUGACUAUAACAACCCAGGAUGGUCAGUUGCAUUGAAGAUGAAGCCAAGAGAUGUAUUUGAAAUGGGAGAAGAAUGGAAUGAUGUAGAAUGUGAACCUUAUCAUGUUAGUACUCUUGAGGACCUUUUUGCUAAUUCACAUAAUAGUCGUUCAUGGACUAGAAGAGAUGUAGAGGGUACAACUGUACAAGAAAAAGAUGUAGAUCCUAAUAGAAGCUCUGAUGAAGAAGAUUGAUAGCCCAUCAAAAUUAAAGGUCGUGGUCAUCAGGCCUGAUUCUGUUGGCUGAGGGCCACAUCCUGGGCUGGGAACUGUUUUGCUUUAUCAUAUAAAGAAUCUUGUGGUCUAUGGUUUCAUUAGAGUCGGCACCAUCAACUAUCAGAGGCUUGAGUGAUGCGGCUUUGGAUGUUGUAGUAGUUCUCAGUUUUUUUGGUUGCCCAGCUUUAAUGUAUGUCAUAUGGCUUGCGUGCGUUUUGUGCACUCUGAACCUGGAUGAUGUAUGGUUGCUUUGUAAAUAAAGAAGGGGAAACCUUUUUUUCUAAAAAAAGAUUUGAGAAUUCACAAUAUAAUGGCACGGGGU